AGGAAGAAAGGCGAAGGCUGAGGGGUGGGGAGAGAGAUGGACAGCGAGAGAGUAAGGGGACAGAAGACAGUCGCACAGGGUAGGGGCGGAUAAAGGCCUAGGUGCGGGAGGGAAGCCGUGGAGGGGCGGAGGGGAGCGAGGUGGACUGGGCGACCGACCCCCCGUCGCGCGGCCGUAGCCUGCCCAGCCUGGCUGCAUUUGAGCCGAGCCGCCGAUCGCUGUCCAGAGGCGCAGCUGGAGCAGCCCCCGCCCGUCGUGGCGCCCCCACUUUCCAACUCUACGCUUCCUGAGGCGCGCGCAAGAUGCAGCUGGCCCGGGAUGCAGGUGUCCGGACUCCUGGUGCCUAGAGUGGGUCCUCCGGAAGAGCAGAGGCUGCCUCUGCGGCGGGCGGGAUUAUAGCUUCUUCUUCUGAUGAAAAGAGAAAGGAAGGAUGGACUACAGUCACCAAACUUCCCUGGUCCCAUGUGGACAAGAUAAAUAUAUAUCCAAGAAUGAACUUCUCUUGCAUCUGAAGACCUACAACUUGUACUACGAAGGCCAAAAUUUGCAGCUCCGGCACCGAGAGGAGGAAGACGAGUUCAUCGUGGAGGGACUGCUGAACAUCUCCUGGGGCCUGCGCCGGCCCAUCCGUCUGCAGAUGCAGGAUGACAAUGAGCGCAUCCGCCCCCCUCCGUCCUCUUCCUCCUGGCACUCCGGCUGUAACCUAGGGGCCCAGGGCACCACCCUGAAGCCCCUCAUUGCACCCAACGUUCAGAUCUCAGAGGUGGAUGCACCGCCCCAGAGCGACCAGAUGCUGAGCCCCACAGAUGCCAGAGGUCUGAAGCCCCUGCAGGAGGACACCCCACAACUGAUGCGCACUCGCAGUGAUGUUGGGGUGCGUCGCCGUGGCAAUGUGAGGACACCUAGCGAUCAGCGGAAAAUCAGACGGCACCGCUUCUCCAUCAACGGCCAUUUCUACAACCAUAAGACAUCCGUGUUCACGCCAGCCUACGGCUCCGUCACCAACGUCCGCAUCAACAGCACCAUGACCACCCCACAGGUCCUCAAGCUGCUGCUCAACAAAUUCAAGAUUGAGAACUCGGCGGAGGAGUUUGCUUUGUAUGUGGUCCAUACCAGUGGUGAGAAACAGAAACUGAAGACCACCGAUUACCCCCUGAUUGCCCGAAUCCUCCAGGGCCCAUGUGAGCAGGUCUCCAAAGUGUUCCUUAUGGAGAAGGACCAGGUGGAAGAAGUCACCUAUGAUGUGGCCCAGUAUAUAAAGUUUGAGAUGCCUGUCCUUAAAAGCUUCAUUCAGAAGCUCCAAGAGGAAGAAGACCGAGAAGUAAAGAAGCUGAUGCGCAAGUACACUGUCCUGCGGUUGAUGAUCCGGCAGAGGCUGGAAGAGAUAGCAGAGACCCCAGCAAUGAUCUGAGCUGCAAGAAUGAGGGGAUCCAGACACUCCAGGAGCCACCAUUGACAUGAGCUGGUCCCCAGGAGUCUGGGCACUUUCUUUCCACAGAAAUGUUUAAAUACAAACUUCCAGCUCCAGACAGGCCACUGUUUUGCUCCCUGAAGCAGGACGAAGAAGUUGGCAUAAAACUCCCCAUCCCUGGGUCCCUGCUGUCCUUUCUUUCCCUCACAAGGACUUGACUUGUGUUGUAAGGAGGACCCCAAAUGUGUGUGUGUUUCCACACAUGCAUGCACAUGACACAUGUCCCUGUGCCUGACUGAUAUUUUCACACGUAAUUUACUUCCAAGCAGCCAGCACUUAUGUGCUCUGGUUUUCCUGUGCUGCUCGAGGCAGGAAAACCAGAGGAGACACUAAGCUGAAGUGUUAUAAGUCAAAGAACACCCCAAGUGCCACGGAGCAGGCACAUAUGUUUAGAAGGGGCAUGGGAGAUCUCCACGCUUACCAUUUGGGGUGUUUAUGUGUUAGAAUAAAUUCUCCCCAUAUACCUAGAAGAAUCAGUGAAUGUGAGACCCUUGGAAAUUAACAGAAUAACAGCCCCAUUACCCUUAGAGAAAGCCUGAUGGAAAGAAAAAACCCAUCUGUGGGGCAGAUGCAAUAAGCCCACAAGUUUUUACACUGGAAACUUUGAUUGUUUUAAAAAACAAAGAUGUCUGUGAUGGUCUAUGUGGACACCUGUGAAGAAAGGAUUCUUCCUUCAUUCCACCCCCUGACCACCCCUAGCAGACAGAGGGGAGUCUGUGUGUUUCUCUCUGCAUGCCAAGCUGCCUGCCUGUUUCUUCACUGUUCCUCAAGUUGAAGGACAAGGUCUCAGGAAACAAAGAUCUUGCCAGUGUGCAAAUGAUGCUGACCAGCCAGUGUGGUCAGAGCAUGGCUCUUUCUGGGGUGGUGGCCAGGAAGUUUCAGACUCGCUCCUUCGUGCUGAAGGGCAGUGUUGAAGCUACCAGCAGAUACAGCAGGUGUCUUGAGCCCAGCCCAUCCUUAUAUCAUCAAGGGUCUUCCUGCACUCAGAGCUGGGGCUGUGUGUUUGAAGUCAAGACUUUGUUCUUUCCCACCUCUAGGUUCUUGCUAGUUGCUCUCACGUUAUGCUUGGAAAUGGACUCCAGGAAUGAGGAUUCAUCCUGCUGCUGACUGAGGGUGGGGCUCAGGGAAGUUCUUUAAGUGAAGGUGCACCAGGAGGACAUAGCUUUUCUUUCAGCUCCUCUGAGCAGCCACUCAGGUGAUCUUUGGAGCCAACCCCAAAUGGGGGAAGAGGGCAGAGAUAGUCUGUCCGCUGUGGCAGUCGGGAAGAUUUCCAGGCAGCUGGGUGCACCAGUGUGGCUGAUACAGUUUGAGGAGGGACAGACAGAUGGAGCUGGAUGCCUGGCUGGGAAGACCAGGAGCCCCAACAGCAGGGGUCUCUGAGCUUUGCUGGAGGAAAGCUCCUCUUCUCUUCUCUGCUUCCUGUCCAAGGAAGGUUUACAGAGCUGGGCCAAUGCCUCCAAAGGAAGGCGGACCUUUUCUGUGGAGCCGUUCCUGCCCCAGAUAGCCUUCUCCCCUCUACUCAUACCCAUGGCCUUUGUAGAAGGCACACGGCCAUGGUGUUACUGUAGACCACAAAAAAGUGGUGUGCAGCCACCUGGCAUUUUGCUGGGGGUCUCUUAUCAAGCCUACCUCCUCCAUGGGGAUACCACCACCAGACCCAUAGGGCAUGGAGUGGAAACCCAGAGAGACUUAGUUUAGUCGGACAACUCAGUGGGCUUCUGCAAAAUGCAUAGUACAGGGGGAAACAGAAGACAAGGGGAGGCUCCCUUUGUUGGAGAUGGGAAAGAGCAGCUUUGUGAAUGUGAACAUACCUCUUGAGUUUUGCAUUUGAGAAAAUGAUUUGGAGAAAAACUCUUCCAGGAAUUUUAAUUUUGACUGGUCAAAGCCUUUCUUGCCCCCAGUAAUUCUCCUGGAGAGGCUGGGGGGAAGGAGAGAAUUUCCACAAAGCAAAUUACUAACCACUAACUCUUAUUGGACUAUUUCUGGUUUGUAAAAGUUCUCUUUAAUUUGCCCUAGCACUGUGAUAGUGUUAAAUAUGGAAAUGUUGCAAUAUGCCCAUUUUUUGAGAUUACUUUCUAAGAAAAUGAUAUUAAGGUAGACUCAGCUUUUUAAAGAUGGGGGACGGGGGUGGUUAGGGCAGGGAAUCAAGGAGAAAUCACAUUUUACACAACCACUCCUGCUUUCCCAUUUUGGCACACCCCAUCUAGACAGCAUUUGUCUCUUCCUAAUAACCUGAUCAGAAAUUUUGGAAAAGUUCUUUGAAAUAGCAGCAGUUGAAACAGAGAAACUUCUCCAAGGUGUGGACUGGACUUUCUCACUGUUAUCACAUGGCCUUGCAGCUUUGAACCCUUCCACCGAUUUGUGUGGGUUUAUGUAAUCGUGUGCAACGAACCUGAAAGCGUGUAAAGAACAAAAGUCCAAUUUGUAGGGUUUUGUGGUUUUUUUUCCAACUGGUGAAAAGCGGUUUAGCCUCAUCUGGCUCCCCCACCCUCACCCCUACCCCUGGGCUUAUGUUACAAGGUGAUCAAGUGAAAGGAAAACCUGAGCCCACCUGGCUGGGAUGUGGAAUUCAAGCACAAGAUCACGUUCUCGGGUGUCACAUGAGUGGGACGGUGACCGUGUACCUCAGGGAGAGGCCGAGAAGCACAAAGACAGGCUUGCCUGGGCCUGUUGAUGAGGGACAUGCACACUCGUCCCCAGGCUGGAUGGACUUGGACUUCCAGCUGAGGUUGAGAUGAGAGAGUCUCUGGAGAUCAGCUGCUCAUUCACGAGAAAAAUGCUGAGGUUCCAGGUCUGAGAUUUGGUCUGAGACAUGCCUGUGCUUCAAGGACAAAUCUUUUCACCUUUCCCGCCUCCCUCCCCAAAAGAAAACAAUACUCUGUCCUAGAAACCUGCAGAUAAAGACAUUUUACCCUCAUAUCAGUGGCCCAUCAUGAUCCACCCCCAAUCUGUUCUUCAUGUGAAAACAUCUUGACAGGAAUUCUUUCCUGUGGAGUUGGGUGGUUAUUUCAGAGCAUCAGGAGAGUGGAAGGAGAAAUGUACCACAGAAGGGGAAGAAGCUCUCUUAAGAAAAGAGAAGCUCUCUUGAAAAUAAUGCCACCACCAAAACAACAAAAGAACACAUUUCAUUUCAAAGCUCUGUGGCACGGGGAACAGGGUGUCACAGUUACAUCUCCAUGAGAGAAAUUUCAGUAAAUGGGGGAAUUUCAGUGUCUCUCAGUGGCCAAAACCAUGGUAGGGGGGAGGAGAUAGGAGACAGAUCACUGUCAGCAUCUUUGAUACAGCAGCAUCAAUUUUCAAGUUUCUACUUAAAUUGUUUUGACCCAAAGUCAGAUGAGAUGAGAUAUGGUCUCCUGGAGAGGUAAAUGUAAAAACAAACGUGGUACCCUCUCAGACGUAACUGAAAGCUUUACCCUGUCACAGAAGAGGUUAAAGUGCCUUUAACCUCUUUGUGUUUUAAGAGUUUGAGCACAACAGCUGCAUAAACUAUGUAGGGAAAGCUUCAGUCUCCCUUGGAGCCUUCCUGACAGGUCACAGACCUGUUUCCAGGCUGAUGUUUCUGGUGUGUAAUUGCUAGUGUUUCUUAAUGGGUUUCCCUCACUUGUUUUAGCCUUGUGGAGUGUUCUUUUCUUAAGCAUAACUUUGCCUUUUCAGUGAUGGUACCUGACCUGGUUCAACAUUUGAUUCUGGACUUAGAAACUGAUGAGUUUAGGCAUCUUAACAUAAUUUGACAGGGCCCCAGUAAGGAGCCGUACAUUUUUGUAACAUUUUGAUAUGUUUUAAUGCACCUGACUUAGAUGUUUUUGAAAUAAAGCACUUUUCAAAGAGAA